AUGGGCAAGAAAAGGUCCAAGGGCGAGUACAACGACUUUCUAGAUGGAGAGAAACUGCGCGACAAUACAGAGAUUAGAACAACACUACAAGGCUUCGCAGCCAGAGACAUUUCACCUCCUCCAGCACGUCAAAGUCAGACGAAAGAUUACAAAAAGGGAAAGAGCGGAGCGAAAAAGCCGCCAUUUACACACUUUCUCUGUCUCCCCUUGGUCACCGACACAAGCCGACCGCAACUCCAGCAAGGAUUAGAAAAGUUCAAGGAAGAGCUAGCCAAGGAUGGCCCUGUACCUACAAAAGCAGUGCGUCCAGUUGGCACCUUGCACCUCACACUCGGAGUCAUGAGCCUCAAUGCUCAAGAGCUAGAAGAGGCUAAGCAAUACCUUGAAGAUCUGGACCUGCACAUGCUACUCCGAGACAUCACGCACCGCUGCAUAGCAAAGAAAGCCGCCGAAGACGGCGAGAUAGCUGAGAAUCUCAAUGCAGCAGCUAUGCCAGACACGGAUGCCUUGACCGUCAACCUAGAAUCUCUGGUUCCCAUGCAAGCACCGCACAAGACGAGUAUACUCUAUGCGGAACCGCGGGACGUAUCACAGCGGUUAGAGUCUUUUGCUUUGACACUGAGAGAGCAGUUUGCUGAGAAGGGGUUUUUGGUCGAGGAUACGCGACCGCUGAGACUUCACGCUACUAUUAUGAACACCAUCUAUGCGAAACCGAAGCGUGGCAGGGGCGGCAGGACAAAGAGCGCAAGACUUAGGGAUGGGCUGAAGUAUGUGGAACACAAGGUCUCACCGCACCAUCAUGAUGGCGAGGAUGGAGUGCAUAACGAAGAUGGAGCUUCUACGGCGGGUUCGGUUGAUGAGGAUACGACGGCGCCGCCAGACCCGUCAACAGCUGAAGAGAGGAAUGAUGGGGCUGUGGGUGAGGGCCACGGUCCAGAUGGCAAGAGCUGGAUGCGGUUCGAUGCUAGAAACCUCAUUGACAAGUAUAAGGGUUUUGUAUGGGCGGAGAAUGUACGAGUGGAUAAAGUGUACAUAUGUGAGAUGGGUGCCAAGAAGAUAUGGAGUGGGUCGCAUGAAGGAGAGGGAGAGGUGCUGGAUGAGCAGUACAAAGUUGUUGCUUCAAAGGCUAUUUUCGAUUGA